GAAAAAUCUUACACCUAGGCUUAUUUUGUUGGCAUAUUUAAUUUUAUUUAAUUUAGCUGGUUAAAACGAGUGUACGAGUGCAAAAUUACAUUUCCCAUCAUGGAUAAGUUCAUAAGCAUGUGGAAAGUUCGCGAGAUAGCUGAUAAAGUAACGAAUGUUGUAAUGAAUUAUACAGAAAUAGAAGGAAAAGUGAGGGAAGCGACAAAUGAUGAUCCAUGGGGUCCAACUGGAGUUUUAAUGCAAGAACUAGCUCAUGCGACCUUCACUUAUGAACACUUUCCUGAAGUCAUGAGUAUGCUUUGGAGACGAAUGUUACAGGACAACAAGACAAACUGGAGACGUACAUAUAAGGCUACACUUUUGCUAAGCUACUUAGUGAAAAAUGGAAGCGAACGUGUUGUAACAUCUGCAAGAGAGCAUAUAUAUGAUUUAAGGUCAUUGGAGAACUACACAUUCGUCGAUGAUAAUGGAAAGGAUCAGGGAGUAAAUGUAAGACAUAAAGUGCGUGAUUUAAUAGAAUUUAUACAAGACGAUGAUCGGUUACGAGAAGAGAGAAAGAAGGCAAAGAAAAAUAAGGAUAAAUACAUUGGAAUGAGUUCCGAUGCAAUGGGUGGAAUGAAGUCAUUCGAUGAUUUCCGUAAUCGAGAAAGCUUUAAUACCUCAAAGAACCACGAAGAGAAAGGAUAUUCUGAUCAAACUGAGUAUGAUUACCAAUAUGAGUACGAGAGAGGUGACGAUUCCGAUACUGAAUCGAGUGGAAAUAAGAAUGCAAAACGAUAUCGUGACAAGGAGAGAUCGAGCAGUCCUACAAUAGCGACAGCUACGGCAUCAGCAGUAGUUGAAAAUGUCGUAACAACACCACCAACAUUUAAAGCAGACGAUAAAAAGCCAAUUAGUGUAAAAGCUCCUGUUAGUAUCAUGAAAACAGUAGGAACGACAGCUUCAUCAGCGAGAACGACAAAGAAAGGAAUCAAUAUGGGUGCAGCUUCAAAUUAUGGCAAGAAUAGUGAUUUGGGUAUAAAUUCUCCGACCCAUCGUAACACCCACAACGAAGACUUAUUCGGAACUAGUGAUGUUUCGACAACAAAGACUAAAAGCAUAAUUGAGGAUAUUUUUAAUGAUGCUGCAGACGAUUUUGAUCCACGGGCUGAAGAACCAGUAGCACCAAAGGUAUCUGCUGAUUUUGGUGAUUUCGAGUCUGCUUUUGGAAAUGAGCCACAACAAGCACCAAUAAAAACAUCGACUAUUACUGCCAAACCAGUUGUUGAUUCAGAUUUUGCAGACUUUUCGUCCGCAUUCGAUUCAAGUAAAGCAGCAGCGUCAUUACAACAAUCAACAGCUUCUAAUCCACUAGACAAUGAUAAUUUCCUCUUUAGCAGCAGUCCGCAACCAACAGUAGCAUCAGCAACAAUAAUGCCACAAACUAUUUCAAGCAACAACAAUCUUCUUAGUGCUGACCUUUUCGGAAAUAGUGUUUUAACUAGUGCAUUUACGGCUAGUCAAGCAACGUCUAACAAAGACCUACUUAGUGAUUUUGGGGAUCUUACUCUCAAUCCAACAACGCAAGUCAAUCGUCUAAAUACAGCACAUGCUGAUCUUAUGAGCAAUCUUCAAAGUAUUGAUGUGAAAAUAAACUCAACGGAGCAGCUCGAGGCAGUAUUAAGGAAAUUAAAAGUGAUAAAUGAGAUAUUGCCAAGUGCAUCGAGAGACAUGACAAACUUAAUGGCCUGUAAUGAAAGUGUUUUUGAGCAUUAUGCGAGUGAAGUGUAUCCAAUAAUGUUGACAGAAUUGCUAUUUAAAUGCGGUGAUAAUUUAGAGGACAUACCACAAGAGAUUCUAAAGCUCAUUCAAAUAACAAAUAAUGUAGAUUUUAUUGUGGAAACUAUGAACGUGCUAUGUAAUGCAAAAUCAAUGGAUAAGUGCAUGAAAUUCAAGGUCAGACUAUUAGAGUAUUUAUUACGUGAUGAGAGCUAUUUAUUAUUCAGCAUCAUUAGAUUAUCACACAAUGAGCUCGAUCACAUGAAGUGGAUGAAAAUUGAGCAUUACAUUCAACAGCUUAUAAGUAUUCCAGAUAAAAUUGCCAAUAGAAUGAAAUCAUCAUUUCCUCAAGUAUUUGAAAUUGAUGUCUACUCAUCUAUUUUAUUGAUAAAUGUCUUAAAGUCUAUCCAUGUAAUGAUACAUAUUAAUGGCAUUGAGCAGAUGAAAAUUUAUGAAUUUAAUUUUGUGACAAAGCUGAUAAGUAAAAUGCUUGUAAACUUCAAAUCCUCAUCAACAGCGAUAAAUUGUGCAAUAAAAAUUUUGUCAACGCAAGCAGCACAAGCUUUUUAUCAAAACAGUCUACAAGAUAUCGUCAAAUAUUUACAGAGAGGCGCUAUUGAAAUAAUUGUUCAGCAAACUUUUGGAUAUGAGGAACGCAAAGGCAUAUUAAUAAAAUUCUUUGGGGAUUUUUGGAAGUCCUUAAGUGAUUGGAACUACAUUUUGACAAAGAAAAUUCCAUUCUAUAACUUUACAAGCAAUGAUUUACUCAUUGAAAAUGUCGUGUUCUUUAUAGCCACAGAAGACAUGAAAAUAUUAGAGGAAAUUCUUUUGGAAAUGCUCGUUAUUUGGGGCACAAAGUCACAUGUCCAUGACACAUCGUUCGAGCAGCAUUUUUACGUAACAAAGUUCAUUGUUCUUAUGACUAGCUACUUACAAAAUCCAAAAGAAAUGGCCGAUAAAAUUCGACAGCAUUUAUUUAAUGGCGCACAAAUUCACUUGAGCUCAACAGAUCCCAAAUUGCGUGCAUUAGGUAUGAUUACAUCAGAAGUCGUGAUUGGUUUUAUUGAUUUUGAUAUAAAAGAGGAGGAGAAAUUAAAAUUUGAGUACGGAGAGCUUGAUCGGAACAUAAAAGAGGAUAUUGUUGACGUCAUAAGACAUUUUCCACAACGUAAGGUCAAUAAAGAAGAUUUAAAGGAACCAAUUGACGUUGAAAUCGAUACGAUGAUGAAUGAAUUGAUUGCUGUAGCUGAAAUGAGAUGUUUGCCAAUUCUUUCAAAACCACAAGUUUUUAAGAUUUCGGAAAUUCCAAUGGAAAUAACAGUAAAACCUCAAAUUAAGCCAGCUGUAGACCUCGAUUCUGAUGAUGACGACCUUCCAACUUAUAUCGAUAAAGAUGAUGACUUUAACAGAAACGAGAAUCAGCCAAGAUAUAUACUUGACAUAAUACAGACAUUAAGCUCUAAGGAAGGACAAGAAAGUGUCGAAAAAUUUGAGUCAAUUAUGAAUUUGGCACAGGACAUAAUAAAGCAACAGCUACCAAGUAAUCACGUAGACAUUGCUGUUGAUUUACUGAGGAUUUUUAUAAGUCUGCAAAAGACUUGUUAUUGUGAGAAUUUUGAAGAACUUCGCAUGAAUAUUUUAAUCGAAACUUGCUGUAUUCAUCCAAAGGAAUGUGCUCAGUAUAUAGGCAAUGAGUUUAAUACAGACAUAACGAAAUAUUCUCUUAGAACCAGAAUGUUAAUGUUGGAUAUACUGUGUGAGUCAGCAAAACAACUUUCAAAGCUGUCACUUCCAAAAAAGGAGGAGAUGCCAAAAAAUACAUCCACAAAUUAUGGUCUUAAUAAGCUUACAAUUAAAUUACAAGAGGAACUAGAUAAUCGAAACAAAAGAGAUGCACAGAGGAUUAUUAAGGAACGACUCAUGUCCAAGACAAGGCGAAUUGCGUCGAGAACAAAAAGUUUGGAUGAAAAUUCAGCAAUAAAUAAAUUCUCAAAUAUUGCUGGCUACUUCUUCUUUCCGCUAAUUAAAGGCUUUGGUCGUCAACAGAUGCCAUUUAUGGCCAAAACUGCUUUAAAGCAUGACAUGGAUAACAUUUUAUUGGUCAAAUUCCUUAAUACUGUCUCGAUACUAAUUUUGUGUGCUGAAAAUUCAACAAUUGUGCCAAAAAUGGCUAAAGAGAUUGUUAAUCUGAGCGUAUUUUUACGAUAUCAUGAUGAAUCUCAAAUACGACUUGCUGUGCUGCACAUGUUUUCAACAAUUAUCCUUGCCGUACCGAAAAAUGUCCUCGUACGCGAAUUUAGUGUUGAAUUGAAUGAAUUUAUGAAUCAUUUGGACAUGAUUGUUAGAAGUUCUGUUGUUAAUUAUGAACCUGAUAAAGAAUGUAGAGAGUUUGCUAAGCAAUUAAUGUCAAUGUGUUAUGGUGCACUGUAUAGUGACAGCAAUAUAUUACAACCAUCAGCACCAUUAUCAUUCAAUUCUAACAACAAUGGAACAUCCAGCAAUGACAGCAUUGCUCAACAACGUCCAACAGUUGUUGGAUCAACAUGGAGUAAUGUGAAUAUUGAUUUAGAUAAUUUGAUGGGAAAGAAGAACAUGAAAGGACCAUCGGUGUCCAUGAAUCAGAUGAAAAGCGCAAAUACGAGUCCUGUAAAGUCACCAUUAUCAGCAAAUGUGAUGUCACCAACAAUGAAUUCAAACUUUGCUUUCAAUCAAUCUAAUAAUAAUAAUAAUAAUUUCAAUCAAUUCAACGCAUUUCAAUGAUAUUUGGUAAAUUAAAGGAACUUAAAAUUUAUUGGAUACUUUUUAAUUAAAUUGAGACAGAAUUUGUGGCUGUCUGCGCAAAAUAUUGUAUAUUGGGGAUCAUGCAAUUAUUGUGAAAGUUUUUAAACGACAAAAAAAAUAUGAAAAAAAAAGUUUUUAAGGAUAUUAAAGAAUAUUAAUCGUAGUGACUGAAAAGAUUCCGAUGAAAUUUUGCGUCAAUAAAUUUGUAAUCCCUUUUUCUGCUGACUAUUUAAAUGUCAAUGUCUGAAUUUGGACAAUAAAGUUUUGUGGGAUAGGAUAAAGGAAGAAUGAGAAUGCUAGAUAAAAAUCAUAUCACAAAAAAAAAAUUGAAGAAAUAUUAAAAAUCUACGAAUUUUUGGAAAUGCCUCUGACCUGUACAACAUCGAAGACACUAUCAUUCCAUGACAUGAAAUCCUUUAAAUCGUAUCGUUUGUCAUACACAAAAACUGAUACUUUUAAUCCUUACGUACUAAUAUUGUUGAAUUUGCUCGCGUGUGUACGAAAACGUACGUAUUUUGACUAACGUAAACGAAUAUCGUGCGUAAUUUCAAAA